AUGGAUGGCUUUGGACCCGAUAACGUCUCGGCUGCUAGCGUCGCCUUACAAUCUGACGAUCCUAAUCGUAAGGAGACUCGUCUUGUGUGUCACUCUGUGGUCCCGCUUAACGACCAUCAUCACCCGUUGAAUCCAGACAGAGAGAACCAGGUGCAGUACGUCGCUAAGGCCACUCUUGAUUGUACCAAUGGCUACGUGUGCCUGAUGUUCCACAGAAGAGACAACCACAUAAUAGAGCUGCAACUGUCGGAAUGGGGCCAGCAGCCCGAUGUGUGCGACUCGACUACGUUCAGCAACCAGUCGAUGCCGUACAUGACGUUCAUUACGCCAGAGCCAAUCACCAGGCAGUGCCCUAACCUGGGUCGCUACGAGAUCGUGUCGGUGCUGCAUUCUCGCAGCAACUACAACGUCGACGAAGCAUUGGGCUUGGACGGUGAACAGAACAUGGCGAGCGCCGCUGAAGUCCAGGACGUCAGGGUCACGCCGACACUCUAUCCAGGAUCAUGUCGUUACGGCAAUGUUCGUCGGCUGGAUAUCGGUUGCAAGACACCGGAUCGCAUGGAGUUCGCCACAUCUUGCCGCGGCGACACACCGUGGGGUAAGAUUUCUCAAGAGAAUAUUUGGGGGACUGCUGUUUGCAUAGGUCCUGGUAUUCGGUUAAUUAUCGUUCUACUGCAAAAUGGCUUGUUUCCAGAGUAUUGGUGCCACGGAACCUGGAUCGAGAACGACACAGCCUACUUGGUCGCGAGCACGGAUGUGGGCCGGUACUGUCUCGUCUACAGUGCAUCCGCCGCGGCGACAGGAAGUCGUGAGCUCUCGGUGACGGGUCAUCUUGCUUCCUGUCCAAGGGCUGCUCAUCGUCAUCUAGUAUCGUGGCAGGUCAACCUCACGUCGUACGCGCAAUGUGGCGACAUCUCGACGGCCACGUCGUGGACCUUCCGGAUUUCCGCCUCGGUAUACAUCCUGGCGGUGCUUGGCAUCCUGUUCGGCAGGUACGUCGCGAGGUGA